AAUCGAAAUUGAUUAUUAUUAGUAUUAUAACAUUAGUGUAAAACAAUUGCAUUACUUUAUAUUGAUACUUAUAAAUUUGUUUUACCAUUUUAUUGUUCUAUUGUUAAAUAUCUACUUUUAACAUACAUUUUAUGUACCCGAACAUUCCAUCUGAGUUAUAAAGUGAUAUACAUCUAACAUAUGACAGUACAGGGAUUGAUUGUUAUUGUUUGAUUUUUGUAAUAUACACGUGAAUAGUAACUAUAUAAGUAUUAAUAAAUUACUCAAUAAUGGAAAAUCUAAAAGCAUCAUUAUGUCAAUAUAAUGAUCAGCUUUCAAUGGUAAAUGACGCACUGAAGAGAGUCCAGGAUAACGCAGAGCGCGACUCACUUGUGGCCCUUCAGUCUGAAUUGCAACAGCUCAUACAAUUGACUCAGGAAAGUUUAGAUACUACGGCCCCGAAAGAUAAUGUCACUGAAACAUCACAAAGUAAUAAUGAGAAAUCUGAUUUGGAUGAUGAAUACGCAUUAUUUAUGCAAGAAAUGGCUAAAACUGGUGCAUGUAAUACAGAUAAUGAAGAAAAACCUGAAUGUUCUAAAGAUAAUGGUCAAAAUGAAAGUGACAACAGUGAUAUAGAGGAUGAAUUAGCCACAUUACUGGGCAUGAAGUGUGCAGUAUAUCAUACUCAUAAAUGGGGUGGGCAGCCAAGCCUUCACAAUGCAAUGGUCAGUGCUGUUGUCCCCCGAAAUGAUGAUGACCAGUUUCAAGAUCUUCAGGUACGAGUGCUUUUCACUCAUCCAACACAUGCAGAAAUGUUACCAUGUCCUUUCUACCUUGAUGGUGAAUGUAGAUUUGAUGAUGAACAAUGUAGAUAUUCCCAUGGCAACAUAGUAGCAUUAUCAAAUUUAAAAGAAGCAAUAGAUCCUAAUUUUGAUUCAGUUAAAGUUGGAAGUAGAAUAUUACUAAAAUUAAAACGGCCUGAAGGAGAGGAUAUUUCUUUGACAAAAAAGUCUACAGAAAAAUAUCACUUAUGGCACAGAGCAAUUGUGAAAGGUAUAGAUUUGGAGAAAAGAGUUUGUUUAGUGAAAUUAGAACAAGGAAUCCAGACAGGAGAGAAAAGGAAAUCAGUACCAGAAGAGUUCCAUGUUCAUUUAGAAGAAAUUUUCCCUCUAAAUAGUGAAACUAACAGCGAUUCAGAAUCUGAUAACAGUCUCAGUGACACAGAAUAUCCAGAUAGUAAAGUAAUACGUACAGAAGAUGAGAACCGCACCCUGCUGAUAGAAAAGAGUUUACAGAGUAAUGCACCAGGAAUGGGAGAAUGGGAGCGUCACACUAGAGGUAUUGGAUCGAAGAUAAUGCUGGCUAUGGGUUAUGUGCCUGGCACGGGGCUCGGCGCGGCGAGCGAUGGCCGUGUACAGCCGGUUGAAGCCCGUCUGUUGCCGACUGGGAAGAGUCUCGACCAGUGCAUGGCUAUCUCGGAGAAAAACGCCGCCCAGGACUCGCUCAAGGUAGAACAAAAGCUUAAACGUCUCCAAAAGAAAGAAGAAGAACGAAAUAAAAGGGCCUAUGAACGUGAGAAAGAAAGAGAAAGGAGAAAUGUAUUUAAUUUCUUAAAUAGAACGUUGGGAGACAAAUCGGACGAAGUUGAGACAUCCAUAGUACCACCAAAAGUGAUAAAAGAGUCCACAAGUAAAGAUUUGAAUAUUGAACAGUUCAAAAUAAUGGAAGACAUAAAAAAACUUGAACGAGAGAUACUAAAAUUGAACAAUUCCUUAGUUCGACAUGAUCUUGGAUCAAGUGGACACAGAAGUAUUAAUCUCCAAAUUCAAGAGAAAAAUAAAGAAUUAAAUGCACUUAAAAGUAAGGAGCACUUAAUUUCUAAGGAACAAAGACAUCGAAAGGAUAAACAUAAAAUGGCCGUAUUUUAACUUUUACAUAAAUAACUGUUUAAAUACAAUAAUCUGUAUUAUAAAUUAUAAUAGGUGUAUAAAUAAA